UACCGGCCCCUCCCGAUGCCGCCGCCGGGCUCCUCCGCGGGCGCCCCCUGCCGGCCGGGCCCCGCCCCGCCCCGCCGGCGGAGGGCCCGCCCGUUCCGGCCCUCGCCCCGCCCCGCCCCGCCCCGGUCCGGCCCAGCCCCGCGCGGUAAGAUGGCGGCGGCGGCGGCGGCUGAGGCCGAGUGCGAUGUGGUCAUGGCGGCGCCCGACGGGCCCGGCGAGACCGACAGCGACGAGGAGGCGCGCAGAGAAGCAGAGGCAUUCAAGGAGCAGGGAAAUGCAUACUAUGCCAAGAAAGAUUACAACGAAGCAUUCAACUACUACACAAAAGCCAUAGAUACGUGUCCCAAUAAUGCCAGUUAUUAUGGGAACAGAGCUGCCACGCUCAUGAUGCUGGGCAGGUUCCGAGAAGCACUGGAGGAUGCUCAGCAGUCAGUCAGGCUGGACGACAGCUUUGUACGGGGCCAUCUCCGGGAAGGGAAGUGCCACCUUUCCCUAGGGAAUGCCAUGGCUGCCAGCCGCUGCUUUCAACGAGUUUUAGAACUGGAUCAUAAGAAUACCCAGGCACAGCAGGAGCUGAAGAAUGCCACGACUGUGCUUGAGUAUGAAAAAAUAGCUGAAGUGGAUUUUGAGAAACGGGAUUUCAGGAAGGUUGUGUUUUGCAUGGAUCGUGCUCUGGAGUUCGCUCCCGCCUGUCACCGGUUCAAAAUCCUCAAGGCUGAGUGUUUGGCACUGCUGGGCCGGUACCCCGAGGCACAGUCUGUGGCCAGCGAUAUCCUGCGCAUGGACUCGACCAACGCCGACGCGCUCUACGUGCGCGGGCUGUGCCUCUACUACGAGGACUGCAUCGAGAAGGCCGUGCAGUUCUUCGUGCAGGCCCUCAGGAUGGCCCCUGACCACGAGAAGGCCUGCCUUGCCUGCCGGAAUGCCAAAGCACUUAAAGCGAAGAAGGAAGACGGGAAUAAAGCAUUCAAGAAAGGCAACUACAAACUAGCAUAUGAACUGUACACAGAGGCACUAGGAAUAGACCCAAAUAAUAUCAAAACAAAUGCCAAACUCUACUGCAACAGGGGGACGGUUAAUUCAAAGCUUAGGAAACUUGAAGAAGCGAUCGACGACUGCACGAACGCGGUGAAGCUGGACGACACCUACGUCAAAGCCUACCUGAGGAGGGCACAGUGUUACAUGGACACAGAGCAAUAUGAAGAUGCUGUAAGAGACUAUGAGAAGGUUUAUCAGACAGAGAAAACAAAAGAACACAAGCAGCUGCUAAAGAAUGCACAGGUGGAACUGAAAAAGAGCAAAAGGAAAGACUACUACAAAAUCCUGGGGGUGAACAAAAACGCCUCUGAAGAUGAGAUCAAGAAGGCUUACAGGAAACGAGCACUAAUGCACCAUCCAGACCGACACAGUGGAGCAAGUGCAGAAGUACAGAAGGAAGAGGAGAAGAAAUUUAAGGAGGUUGGUGAAGCCUUCACCAUCCUGUCAGAUCCCAAGAAGAAGGCUCGCUAUGACAGUGGGCAGGACUUGGAAGAGGAUGGAUUAAACAUGGGAGAAUUUGAUCCAAAUAACAUCUUCAAGGCCUUCUUCAGCGGGCCAGGGGGCUUCAGCUUUGAAGCUUCUGGGCCUGGAAAUUUCUUUUUCCAGUUUGGCUAAGAAGCAAACAAACACAAAUCAAACCACACAUACCUGAUCUGCUUCUUUUAACCUCGGAUACGGACAGCCCCAGACUCCUCCUCCAUCACGUCUCGUUGUCCUUAGAGCAGUUUCAUUUCUGGGUUGGAGCCUCUGUUUGUGUGUUGUGUGUGUGAAGAGGAAACCAGCUCGGGAGGGGAAGGCUUGUGAAUUUUGUUUUACUGUUAACUUUAUUAAAAAAAAAAAAAAAAAUAAAGCUUUGAAUCUUUUGGUCCCUCCAUGCUGGCCCGUGCUUUCAGCUGCUUCUGCCCCUCAACACGGAGGAUUUCCUGGAAUCUUCCCAGAAUCUCCACAUGUGUGAGGGAGAAAGAAUUCCUGGUUUGUUCUGGUUGCUUCCAAAGCAGCAUGUCCAGGGUUUGGAGUAACUUGUAAGUUAUGUUAAUCUUUUGGAAAUACUGCCAAGGCUCAAUCCAGUUUUGUACAAUCCCAUUUCACCUGCAAGCCUGGCUUCUUUGCUCUUUUUAUUUCUUUUUUUUUUUUCAUGGUUCUCCCAGCAAGGCCCACUUGGGCAUUAAACUUCUAUGAUAACAUGUGAGCUUACAAUUCUGUAUCAGAGAAAUGCUGCUUAGAGUUCAAAGAGCAGCUUAUGUGAGAAUUCCCUGUGAUGCAGCUGGAAUUAAGGGCUUUGUGUUCCCAAGAUUGUCCUGUUUAAGGGAAUAUUGAAUUUGCUCUGGGCUGAAUUCCUUCACUGUACUUUUUUAAAUUAAUCCACUUGAAUAUUUUAUAUUUGUGCUAAACUUGAUUUUGUUGAGCUUGAUGUGUGAUUUCCUGUUACUGAUCCAUGACAUGGGUGAGUCUUUCAAUGCCAAGUGAGUUCCAGGCAGGGGUCCUGGGUGGUUUGGGAUGUGCAGCAGUUGUGUGUUUAGUUAACCUGGCUGAGUGGUUUUCCUCUGGCAGUGAUUUACUCCUCCAAAGCAGCAAGAAAAUGCAAAGUCCAGCUCUGAACUGGCAGUCUGUACUUUCUUUGGGCAGUGUCAGGACAGGAGCUGGAGGGGUGGAUGAGCUCUGGCCUGGAGCUGUGUCCUGGUGGGUUUGGUGUGGGACACUGCCUGUCAGCAGUUUGAUUUUCACCCAAAAGGUGGUGUUACAGCAGGGUCCCCCCUUUUCUCUGCAGCAUGGGCAGCACCUUCUUGUCCAGGUGCCCUGUGUGAGCUCCUGUCUGGUGGUUCUGGAGCCUGCUGCUGUCAGCCCCAGUCCCAGGGGGUUGUGAGGGGAGCAGUGGGGCUGUGGCUGGGGGUCCUGGGCUGGUGCUCAGUGAGGGGCUGUGGCUGGGGGUCCUGGGCUGACCCUGGCAGCGUGGGGCUGCUGGAGGCUGGAGUUAGCUCAGAGAAUGGCUGUUUGUGAGAGAGAAGCUCCCAGGGACUCUGUAACAGCUGCUUUGCCUUCCCACAGCAGAGCAAACACUGCAGGGAGCUCCUUGCUCCAGGUGAUCACUGGAAUGCCAGGUCUUUGUCUUCCUCCUUCCCGAGGGCUGGGUGUGCCCUCCAGCAGGACAGGGACUGGUGCAGGACCUCGAGGUGGUCCUGCUGUGGUGUUUGGUCAGGAUUCUUGACAAUCUGCUUUCACAGAGGGAAAAUUUAAGGGCUUCAAUUUUAGCACUGCAGAAUAGAGUAUUUUACAACUCGUUUGAAACUCAGCUUUCUGAGUGAGCCAGUGCUGAGUUGUGCUUUCAAAACCCAACUCUCCCACGUUUGUUCUGCCAUCCUUCACAGCAGUGUGAGGGAUGGAGCCACCCAGGUGCACCCAGAGCAGCUGGGGCCUGGCACUUUUCAGGCUCUGAAAUGGUGAAUACGUGGGGAACUGAAAUACUGGUCUAUGCACACUGAUGCUUCCCCAGCUUUCCUGGCACUGUAAUCUGAGUUUACAAGAGUUUAGUGGCAUUUUGGUUCCAUGACACCUCGUCCUGUGUGUGUGUUGAUGUCACUGUACAGUUUGGGCUGUUCUCAGUCUCUCAUUGCUGAGCAGAGCCGUGUUCUGUGUCUGUCAGUGGGUUUAUUCUCAUUUUCCCCUGCCCCAGGGAAGUGUGAGCAGCUUCCUUCCUCCCUUCCUUCUCUCCAAGCUGACUGAGCCCAUUCCUUGGAGCACAGGAGUGGAAUGGCUCUGCUUCUGGGAGAGAAAAUGUAUACAGCAGCUAUUUAUAACCUGUACAUGAAUGCAUGAUUUAAUGUAGUUAAAUAUUCAUAUGGUGAGUGCCAAGACUUUCUACAGCACGUUGUUACGUGAAUCAAGGUGAAGGCAAAUGCAUGGAACCAUGGAAUGGAUUGGGCUUGGAGGCCUUUAAAGGCUGUCAAGUCCAACCCCCUGCCAUGGGCAGGGACACUUUCCACUAGCCCAGAGUGCCCUGGGACCUGUGCAGUCCCUGUUCCCCUGGCACAGAGCAGGGCUGAGCAGGGCUUGGUGGCACCUGGCACCUCAGGGCAGCAGCAGUGUCCAGUGGCACUGUGACCUCCACCGUGUCCCAGCACGGCUUGGGGACACAAAACUCUGCUUCUUUCCAAAAAAAAAUGGACUCAGCUGUGCAUUGCUUGGAGUGUUGCCUCCACACGUGGUGGUUCCAGGGCAUUGUCCAUGGGUUGUGCUUGGGUGUAGCUGCAGGGAAGCUGAGUGCCAGUGCUCCAGCUGCUCACAGCCCCCCUGUGUGCCCUGCAGCCCCAGGGGGGUCCCUGGCUGCAGGGAUUUGCCACAGAGACCACAAAUGAGCAUCUUCAAGAGCUGCAGUGCCUGUGCUGUUCCCAGAAGGACAGAGAGCACACAGAGGUGCAGGAGGUGGUGCUGUGGUGGCAUGGACACACUUUGGUGUGACUCUCAGCCUGGCAGCUCCUGCCAGGGCUCUCCAGGGGGGAAUGGCUGGUGCUGUGAGAGCUGCUGCCAGCAAGAAGGGCCUGGAAAGAGCAGAGGUGCUGUGGCUGAGAGGCAGACCAGGCUGGUGUGGCAGGGGGUGUCUUCCACCAGCCAAGUUGGGAGAAGAUGCUCUAGAGCUGGCAAGUGGCUGUCAGCUUCCCUGGGAAAGUUGUGAAGAGAAGUGUGUGAGGAGUGUGGCUGUGGGCAGAGCUGGCAUGGGAGGGCUCUGCUGUAGGACUGCAGUUUUGGCAGGGAGAUCAGGAAUUGUGUGGCUGUUGGGCUUUGCCUUGGAUGUGGUUUUGUCUGGUCGUGCUCAUAGAAUCGUGGAAUAGUUUGGGGUGGAAAGCUGUGAAGUCCAUUCAGGAGGUUGUGGCCACCCUCUUAAGGUUCCUCCUUGCUUUGGCUGCACUGAAACGUACCUGAUUUGGUUUUGAUCCUGGGAGUGUUCAGUGAGCAGCAUCCCCAGUGCUGCUGGCUGUUGUAAAUGCAGAAAUGCAAGUUGGAAAAUGGCAGAAAGACAAAUUGUUCAGGUACAAGAGUAUUGUCCAUGGAAUAGCAGGCCCCUCCACCCUCUGUGUCUGCUGAGACAGAGUGGGUGCUGCUGUGUCUGACAUGGGGGCUGGUGCCAGUCCCUGUGCAGCCACGCUGGCCCUGGACCUGCAGCCAUCAGAGAGCCACAGGGCUGGGCCACGUGCUGCUUUGCCAUUUCCAAAUGACCUCCUCAGUUUCAGUAAUAACUCCAGCUAUUCUCUUCUUUCUAAUGGAUGGUUUUCAUCCUGUUCAAAUUUGUGCCUUGUCCUUUCCCCUCCUCUUCCCUAGGGAACAGGACAACUGUGUGCUGCACCCCCCUGGAGCAGUGCUAGUCCCUGGGCAGCUGUGGCAGGGCUGUGCCAGGGGUAGGUGGCAGUGGCUGGUGGCUGUCCCUGCCCUUGGCUCUGUGGGGCCAUUCUGGGUCCCUGCAUGACUGUGGGAGCUGAUGUGAAACGCUCUGGCCUUCCUUGCCAGGCCCAGCUCUCCCCACUCCCACCAUCAUGGAAGGGGUUAUCCCUUCUUGGAGCAGUGCUGGGCGUUUUCCCUCACCCAGAUCCGAGCUUGGAGGGACAGCUGUGCUCUGUUGCUGGGACACUGCACCCGAGUGGAGCUCAGGGGUGGCCAGGCAGGGCAGGAUCCGUGGGGAGCCCAGCAGGAUGAGCAGCCCUGCUGCCAUCCCCGCCUGUCUGACUGCCCACCCUGUCCCCAGUGACCCCUGAUGGCUCCUGUGAACAGAGCGUGGUGUGAGGCAGCACCCGAGGGGCCACGGGGAGCACCCAGAGCCCCACAGUGCACGUGGGUCACAACUCUGUGGAUUAGUCAGGACAAACCCAGGCACCGAUGCGAAGCCACUUGGAGAGGAGCUUGUCCCUGUGCUGCCGUAUUUAUCUGAAUUGGAAUUCGGAAUGUUUACCUCAGUGUACAUAGCUCAACCUUUCCCUGGGAGGAAAGGGGAAUUGCAUGGAGCAAUUGCUGUCCCAUUGCUUUGCCAAACUCCUCAUCCUCUCCCAGCCGGGCUCCGCAUCGGUACCAGCUGUCCCUCUUGGACCUUUCUAGGAUGUGAAUGGUAAAAAUGUGAAUAUUUGUUGUUUACUUCCUUAGCAGAACUCCUGAUGCCGUGUUUGUAUGGGAAAUCAGCCUGAGCAGACCCAUAUGCAAUCGGUUUUACUUUAUUAUAAACUGUAUAUGAUGUACAAACUAAUAAAAACUCAAACGACGACAA